AUGAAUCAGGCACAGUUUUACUACUACGACGAGGAAAGCGACAAGCCUUAUACGGAUGAUCACAACUCUGGACAGGCUGUAGAUGAGAAGCAAUUGGCAAAUCUAGGUGUUUUUUACAAGCAUCUUCGCACUCUGGAAGAGGUGGAUAUUCUUGCUCGAAAACGUGACUACAAGAACCGGGAUACGAUCAAUUUGAAAGAGGAAGGCUUCCCUGGGGGAAAGAAUGCUCUUGACGCUAAAUUGGAUAUGUUUUUUCAAGAGCAUCUUCACGAAGACGAGGAGAUUAGAUUUAUUCUUGAUGGAGAAGGGUUCUUUGAUGUGAGGGAUAUCAAUGACAGAUGGAUUCGCGCCAAAGUGUUUAAGCACGACCUGUUGAUUAUUCCCGCUGGUAUCUUCCAUAGAUUCACCCUCAGUAAUAGCAAAUAUGUCAAAGCUCUAAGAUUGUUCAAGGAUGAGCCUAAAUGGCAAGCAUUUAACCGUACCACUCCAGGUAUCGGUGAAAACCCAUACAGAAAGCAGUAUCUUGACCAGGUUUUGACCAAAUAA